AUGGAGUGUUCCCUUGCGGAAUCUCACGAUGUAGGCGUCGAAGUGCUGCCUGGUGAACGGUUAGUUGAUCUAGAUUAUGCGGACGAUAUCGUCUUGCUUUUCGACAAUGUUGAGACGGCACAAUCAACCCUGAAUAGCCUAUCCAGAGUGGUCCCAUUAUUUGGUAUGCACUUCGCACCUUCAAAGUGCAAAGUUUUGCUGCAGGACCACCAGCCACUCGAUGACCCCUUGACGCUUGCUAACGAGGAACUCGAGGUGGUGGAUCAAUUCACUUAUCUUGGCAGCUGCAUGAGCAAUGAUGGGCGCAUAGAAACUGACGUUAGCUCACGCAUUGCAAAGGCCAGAGCUGCCUUCUUGAACCUGCGUCAUCUUUGGCGACAGAAGGGAGUUUCCCUUCGUCUGAAAGGCCGUGUAUACAAGGCCACAGUGAGGGCCGUUCUGCUUUAUGGUAGUGCAACUUGGCCCCUUCGGUCUGAAGAUCUGAGGCGUCUUCAAGUCUUUGAUCAUCGUUGUUUGCGAAGCAUUACUGGUGUCGGAUGGCACCAGCGUGUCCGCAACGAUGAUGUGCGUAGGCGAGUACUAGGUGGUGAUGAUCAUGCUAGCUCCCUAGAACAACAGAUAGCACUGAAUAAGUUGCGUUGGCUCGGGCACGUGCUACGCAUGCCUGGUCACCGCUUACCUAGGAGGGCCUUGUUAAGUCUACCAGGUGUCGGAUGGCGCAAGGCUCGAUGUGGACAGAAGUUGACUUGGCAGCGGGAAAUGAAGUCACUGACGACCAAACUGGGUGCCGUUGGUCCGUCUCGCCUUCCGGGUUGGAGUCCACGUGACUUGCCUUGUGCUUGGCUCGAGACUUUACAGGACAUGGCUCGCAACCGACACCAGUGGCGCGUCUGCUGCCGUCUCCUAAUCGGAUUGUCUGUUUAAAGUGUGUUUGGUGCUGAGUUAUCUGCGGGGUAAUGGCUGAUUAUGACGCAUGGCAGUGAAAGCCGCAAGGAAGCUGUCUCGCCGAUGCCGCCUUAUCUUUGCACGAUAGCCAGCUGUUUGUGAC